AUGAGACCUCUACUUCUCAUCACUGCUGUUUUUCGUGUGAUCUCUGUAUUGUCGACGUCAUGUGAGAUGUUAAAGAAGUCUCAUUAUGAUUACUCAACAUUACUGAAAAGAGGAGCCGCUUCUGAUCUGAAAAUCUGCACUGGGAAAAAUGCAUGUUGUACGAAAAGUAUUGAGGAUGAGAUUCUACAAAGUGCGGAGAAGAUCUUUAAAGCCCAGUUAGAGGACAAACUGAUUGUUCUGCGUCAUAUGAUUAAUUCAGAUCUCAAUAGUUUUAGAACGUACUACUACAAUUCGUUGAAUACUUGCCAUGAGCACUUGGACGCACUGUUCGAUCGUACUUAUGGUUCUUUCUACCAGACUAAUUCUCAGGCGUUCGAGACGUUCUUCAAUCGACUACGAGCUUUCUCAUCACCGUUUUCGGACACCAAAGUGACACAGGUUGUUCGGAAGUUGCUUGAGGAUCUGUUCGUCAUAAUGUUCCAACUGAUGAAUCCUAUGCACAUUGUGAAAGUCGACCAACGUCGUUGUAUGAUUGAAAGUAUGGACGAAAUCGCACCAUUUGGAGACGUACCAAAAAAGAUCAUUACGAAUUUGGAGAAAUCACUUAAUUUUUGGAAACACUUCGUUACCGCACUCGUUAACGUGCACAACACCUUGGAGGGUUUCAUGAAUGCUUCGGUGUCGAAUGAGUGCAGACAAAAUUUGGCGCGUAUGUGGGAUUGUUCGUUGUGCAGUGGUGUCCAGGAGUCGAGACCCUGCCCAAGUCUUUGUAUGAACGUGAUGAAAGGAUGUCUUGCCGACUGGGCCGAAAUCGACCAACAAUGGAACGCUGUCGUCGAUUCGAUGUUGAAAAUCUCAUUCAAACUUCGCGGUGCUCAAAAUCUUCAUCACGCACUUCAACCGCUACCCGUUCAGUUCAGUGAAGCCGUCAUGGAAAUGCAGGAACGAGGCAUUACAGUCUCAAAUAAGGUGAUUGCUCGCUGUUACACUAUUGGCGAAAUGAUUCCUUCACCUCUUCGACUGCUCCCUGUUCGACAUCGCCGUGCAGUCCUAAUCAAAACUAUUACUGAGCGAGCAGCAAACUAUGGAAAAGUGUUGAAUUCGCUGAUGCAAAUGUUCACCCAGCGGAUCAGUUCUCUACGUGGUUGGUUUUCUUCGUUGCCAAGAGCGUUCUGCUUCGAUUCUGGAUUGAUAGCUACAGAUGACGACAGAUGUUGGAACGGCAACGAGACUACCUCUUAUGGGAAACAUGUGGUCGCUGAUGGAUUGCAAAGUCAAAAUGCGAAUCCGGAGUACAAGUCAUCAGGAUUUUUACCUUAUAAAAGUGAGUAA